AUGAAGACCUCACCUCUAGCGCUCUUGGCUGGCGCCACUAUCGCCGCCGCGGCUGGCCCGCGCACUAUCAUGUACUUUGACCAAUACCACACGACGACCACUCCUCCCAAGAAUGUCACUGCUGGCGUCAACUAUGUCAUUACUGCCUUUGCCCCCUCCACAACCUUCAACACUGGCACCGACUAUACCCCCUUUAUGCCACUCGACCAGGUUCGCGCGCUCUUUCAGAACGGAACCAAGGUCUGUAUGGCCGUUGGCGGCUGGGCCGACACGGAAGGAUUCGGCGUCGCCGCUGCCUCUGAGGAAUCUCGCAAACUCUUUGCCGAGAACGUCGCCAAAACCGCCGACAAGCUUGGUUAUGAUUGCGUCGAUAUUGACUGGGAGUAUCCCGGCGGUAACGGCGAGGACUACAAGAAGAACACCAACGACGGCAAGGUCUCCGAGAUUGAGACGUACCCUCUGCUGCUCCAGGAGAUCAAGACCGCCAUCGGCGACAAGGAGCUUUCCAUAGCUGUGCCCGGUAAGGAGGGCGACAUGAUUGCCUACACAAAGGAAAAGGUUCCCGAGAUCAUCAAGGCCGUUGACUUUGUCAACGUCAUGACCUACGACCUCAUGAACCGCCGCAACAACGUCACCAACCACCACACCUCCAUUGAGGGCUCCCUCGCCUCCAUCGACGCCUAUAUCGCGCGCGGCGUCCCCGCCGAGAAGAUGAACCUCGGCUUCGCCUUUUACGCCCGCUUCUUCAACACCAAGCCCGGCGUGACCUGCGACAAGCCCACCGGCUGCGUCACGGACGAGCUCGAGUUCAGCAACGGCACCGACACGGGCCGCUCGGGCGCCGUUACCUUUGAAAAGGAAAACAUCAAGGACGAUUUCCUCAAGGCCAUUGAAAACGGCCAGGCUGACAAGGAAAAGGGCGGCCAGUGGUACUGGGACGCCACGAAGGAGGUCUACUGGACCUGGGACACGCCCGAGUUUAUCAGCGAGAAGCGCACCAAGAUUGUCGAGGCGAGGAAGCUGGGCGGUGUCUUUGCAUGGAGCCUGUGCCAGGACAGCUUUGACUGGAGCCGCAUCAAGGCCUUGACGGCUGGGACGGCCCAGAAGCCCGAGACGACCCAGAAGCCCGAGACGGCCCAGAAGCCCGAGACGGCCCAGAAGCCCCAGACGCUCGAGAAGCCCGAGACGGCCCAGACGUCCCCAAAAGCCUGUGCCGCGAAGCCCGAGACGGCCAAGAAGCCCGAGACGGCCCAGAAGCCCGAGACGGCCGAGAAGCCCGAGACGGCCGAGAAGCCCGAGAAGCUCGAGACGACCGAGAAGCCCCCAAAAACCUGUGCCGCGAAGAAAUAG